GACGGUAUAAAUGCACCCAGGUGUUGGCCAACAGGUAUUAGAGGAGAACACACCUUAACUUUCUUGAUCAAUUGAGAACAAGAAAGACAGACGGAUAGAAGAGAAGGGCAAGGUGAACUUUGCUAUUCAUCAAAUUAAGAGGUUGGGGGCUUGUAGAAAAUGUUUGGAUUUCUGAACAAACGUAUUGAGCGUUGGCUGGCAGAGCGAAAACGUCGCAGGAACAGACUGGUAACCAAAGAUGGUCACUGCAACAUAGAAUUCGGAAAUAUUAUGUACAGCACACACUUAUCGUUCCUUGCUGACUUCUGGACCACGUUUGUGGAGACCCGGUGGCGUUAUGUCCUCCUCAACUUCAUCGCCUCCUUCACCCUCUCAUGGUUGUUUUUUGGCCUGCUGUGGUACUGGAUUGCCCGCAACAAUGGAGACCUGACGUGGCAAAACCCCCCAUCAAACCACAGCCCAUGUAUUAUUGGUGUCGCAGGACUCACCACAGCAUUCCUAUACUCCCUUGAAACCCAGACAACCAUUGGGUAUGGUGUCCGAGCACUCACUGAUCUUUGCCCAGGUGCUGUGACCGUUGUCAUUAUCCAGGCCAUAUUCGGAGCAAUCAUCAACUGCUUUAUGUGUGGAGUCAUCCUGUCCAAAAUCUCUUUACCCAAAAAGAGGGCUAAGACCAUCUCAUUCAGUGACAUGGCUGUCAUCAGCCCCAAAAACGGUUUUCUUUCCCUGUCAAUCAGAGUGGCCAACCUACGCAAGACACUGAUGAUUGGAAGCCAUAUCUAUGGAAAGCUGCUGAGGACAACAAACAGAGCAGACGGGGAGACAAUCAUCAUGGACCAGGUGAACAUUGAAUUCAUGGUGGACGCUGGGAAGGACAAUCUCUUCUUUGUGUGUCCUCUCACGCUUUAUCACAUCAUCGACAAGACCAGCCCCUUCUUUGAGAUGGCGGUAGAUACGCUCCACAAUCAAGAUUUUGAGCUAGUCGUCUUCCUGGACUGCACCGCAGAAAGCACUAGCUCUGCCUGCCAGGUCCGGACCUCCUUUAUUCCUCAUGAGAUCAUGUGGGGCUACAACUUCUUGCCCAUUAUCUCCAGAAGCAAGGAGGGCAAGUACAGAGUAGAUUUCUCCAACUUCGCCAAGGUGGAGCAAGUGGCCACUGCACACUGUGCCUCCUGCUUCCACAACAUCAAGGGUCACCAUCACUACUCCAGAGAUGGACAUGACAACCCGGGCUUUGAGGUGAUUGAAAUGAAUGAGCUUCCAAAUGUAACCAAGAUGUGAGAUCAUACAGUAGAUACAUUGCAAUGAACAGUGGAAAUUAAGACUGGUAGAGGCUCAUACCUCUCACCGACAAACUCAUCAAGUCUCAAAAGUACAAACAGAUUCUGUUGGCAGGUGGGUUUAUACUAAUGGGAGACAACGCAUUAUGUAGCAUUUAAAUAUAAACUAAAUAAAGCAUUGCUUUUUGUUAUUGUAUUGUGUCUAACACAGAUAAGAAAAAACGUCUGUGGGUCGGGACACUUAUUGUGAAGUAUUUUUGUGUAAAACAGGGGAUGCCAGGUCACAGAUGGUGAGACAACCAAAAGGUUUUCCCAAUUACUGCCACAUACAUUAUACAUGUGUGAUAUUUAUUUAAAUGAAGUUGAGUGGUUCUAAUUUAACUCUGGCUUUGCAUACAUCAGGUUUACUGAGUAUUGAGAGGCAUUAAAACUGAGCGAAGGUAUUGUACUAUGUGAAACUGUAAGCCACUUGACUGCACUGUUCAUUCAACAGUUAAUGCUACUGUAGGCUGUUGUACACAAAGAGACACUUGGAACCAAGUGAGUAUGCUUAAUUAUUCAGACACCAAAGCAUUAGCAAAGGAUUGGACUCACAGGCCACUUUUCUCAAUGUGGGUGGCAGCAGCUCAGUCCGUAGAGCCUUGGUUUGAUAACAGGAGGGUAGCAGCUUCAAGUCCUGGAUGGACCAGGUGCGGAGUGUGGAUUGUUAGAGAGGAGAGGUGCCAGUUCACAUCCUGUGCAUUGCCUAGUGGCCUUGAGUGAGGCACUGAACCCCUACUUGAUUAAAAUGAAUUUCCCCAAAUAAAAUCCAGUAUGUAUGUUAGCUUUGUUUUUCUUUGAGAAUGAAGAAACUGCAUUUAUGAAACUCAAUCAUUAUUAAGUCUUAUUGUUGUUUGAUCUCAGGGGAAAAAUACACUGAAAUACAUUUUUUGAAUACA